AUGAGCAAUCAUCUGAUCGUUAAUUACUUAACUACAAACAUCUUAUUCAGGGAAGGAGAGAACGUGCUAACUGGACCUGAGCUUAUCCAACAAACGAUCGAGAAAGUCAAGCAAAUCCAGGAGAGGCUGAAGACGUCUUUGAGCAGGCAGAAGUCUUACGCUGAUAAGAGGAGAAGACCGUUGGAUUUCACUACUGGAGAUCAUGUGUUCCUUCGACUCAAUCCAGUCACUGGUGUAGGACGAGCCGUUCGUCCAAAGAAGUUGUCUCCCAAGUUCAUUGGACCAUAUAAGAUUCUAAGAAAGAUCGGACCAGUAGCGUAUGAGCUUGCAUUGCCGCCUAAGUUGUCAAACCUUCACCCCGUUUUCCACGUCUCUCAACUUCGGAAGUAUAUAGCGAAUCCAUCACAUGUACUGGAGUUGGAAGACAUUCAGCUUCGUCCAGACCGAACGUUGGAACUACAUCCAGUCCGUAUAAAAGAUAGCCGCACCAAGUACUACAAAGGCAAGGACGUUCAUUUGGUGAAGAUGGUGUGGGACGCUAAGACUGGGGAUUCAACGUGGGAGGUUGAGAGCGCCAUGAAGGACUUAUACCUAAAUCUAUUUCCGGGUGAGUCUUUAAUUUUCGAGGUCGAAAAUUUUUGUAGAUAG